CGGGCGCGCCGGAGCCUGCCAGUCCGCGAGCCUGAGAGCGGCGGCUGCGGCCUCCCCUGCGUCCAGCCACCCGGCGGGCCCGCUGACCCCGGGGCCCGCGCCCCCCGCGCAGGGAUGCAUCAUGGCCACGCUGGCUUGUCGGGUGCAGUUCUUGGACGACACGGAUCCUUUCAAUAGCACCAACUUCCCGGAGCCCAGCCGACCGCCGCUGUUCACGUUCCGCGAGGACCUCGCGCUCGGCACCCAGCUGGCCGGGGUCCAUCGGCUGCUGCGGGCGCCGCACAAGCUGGAUGACUGCACACUGCAGCUGUCCCACAAUGGCACCUACCUGGAUCUGGAAGCCACACUGGCGGAGCAGCGGGAUGAGCUGGAAGGCUUCCAAGAUGAUGCUGGGCGUGGCAGGAAGCACAGCAUCAUCCUUCGGACACAGCUGUCAGUGAGGGUCCAUGCCUGCAUUGAAAAACUCUACAACUCCAGUGGACGAGAUUUAAGAAGGGCCCUUUUCUCCUUGAAGCAGAUAUUUCAGGAUGACAAGGAUUUGGUGCAUGAAUUUGUGGUGGCUGAAGGCUUGACAUGUUUGAUCAAGGUGGGAGCUGAGGCUGAUCAGAAUUAUCAGAACUACAUUCUAAGAGCUUUGGGCCAGAUUAUGUUGUACGUGGAUGGGAUGAAUGGAGUGAUCAACCACAGCGAAACCAUUCAAUGGCUCUACACUCUUAUUGGGUCAAAGUUCCGCCUGGUGGUUAAGACUGCCCUGAAGCUCCUGCUUGUCUUCGUGGAAUACUCUGAGUCCAAUGCGCCCCUCCUCAUUCAAGCUGUGUCUGCUGUUGACACCAAGAGAGGCAUCAAACCCUGGUCCAAUAUCAUGGAAAUCCUGGAGGAAAAAGAUGGAGUGGACACAGAGCUGCUGGUUUAUGCAAUGACUUUAGUGAACAAGACAUUGUCAGGAUUACCAGAUCAAGAUGCCUUCUACGAUGUGGUGGACUGUCUGGAGGAACUGGGCAUUGCUGCUGUCUCCCAGAGACACUUAAACAAGAGGGGGACCGACCUGGACUUGGUGGAGCAAUUCAAUAUUUAUGAGGCAGCACUCAGGCACGAGGAUGGUGAUGAGACUGCAGAACCACCCCCCAGCGGACACCGGGAUCGGAGGAGGGCCAGCGUGUGUUCCAGUGGCAGUGGAGGUGAACAUCAACACCUUGACCGCAGAAGGAGUCGUAGACACUCAAUACAGAAUGUCAAGAGCUCGCUGUCAGCUCCCACCAGUCCUUCUUCCCAGCUGGAUCCUACCUUCAAGCCCAGUCAAGUGCGAGAUCUCUGUGAAAAAUACAGCAGCCUCAGCAACAACUCUUUUCCCUCCUCAAGACCCUCAUCUGGACUGAGUGUGUCCCCCACAACCACAUCAUCUCUCUUAUCUCCACAGGAGGCCAGGACAGAUAGGUCGGCAUCAAGUGGUCUUCUCACGUCAUCUUUUAGGCAGCACCAAGAGUCACUGGCAGCAGAGAGAGAGAGACGGCGACAGGAAAGAGAAGAGAGGCUGCAGAGAAUAGAGCGGGAAGAAAGAAACAAAUUCAAAUACAAAUACUUGGAGCAGUUGGCAGCUGAGGCACACGAGAAGGAGCUGAGGAGCCGGAGUGCGAGCCGUGACAGAGCUGACCUCUCUCUGGACCUCACCUUGCCAGUAGCCUCAGCUUUGUCUGCUGCUCGAAGCCAAAGCCCUUCAUCUCUAGACUUGGAGGGGUCUUCCACGGUGUCACCUUCCUCCCUAGCAUCCCCUCAGCAUCUCCAAGUGAGUCCUGGGGAUCCUGAGCCUGAACCGGAGGCAGAGGCGGGGCAGGUUGCAGAUGAAGCCAGCCAGGACAUAGCCUUGGCCCCAGGGGGAGCAGAGAGCGAAGGGGAGCGGGCACUGGAGCCAGAGCCAGAAAGAAGAUCCUCCCUCAGUGAGAAAGAGAGACAAAACGAGGAGGUGAACGAGAGGGACAACUGUUCCGCCUCCAGCAUCUCAUCCUCCAGCAGCACAUUGGAGAGGGAGGAGAAGGAGGACAAGCCCUCCAGGGACAGGGCAACUGGUUUGUGGUCCACAGGCCUUCAGGAUGCAGGUGUAAAUGGACAGUGUGGCGACAUCCUCACCAACAAACGGUUCAUGCUGGAUAUGCUGUAUGCCCAUAACAGAAAGUCUACCGACGAUGAGGAGAAGGUUGAGGGUGAGACUGGGAGGACAGAGCAGGAGGCGGAGGCAGUGGCCAGCCUCUCCAGCAGGAUAUCCACACUGCAGGCCAACUCUCAAGCCCCAGAGGAAAGCAUUAGGAGGGUGGAUGUGGGCUGUUUGGACAACCGAGGCAGUGUGAAAGCAUUUGCUGAGAAAUUCAACAACGGGGACUUGGGAAGAGGUUCUCUCUCUCCUGAUGCAGAGUCCAAUGACAAGAGCCCAGAAACGGCACCCGCACAACUGAAGACAGAAUCUGACUACAUCUGGGACCAGCUCAUGGCCAAUCCAAGGGAGCUCAGAAUUCAAGACAUGGAUUUCACCGACCUAGGGGAGGAAGAUGAUGUCGAUGUCCUGGACAUGGACCUGGGUCCUAGGGAAGCUCCUGGGCCUCCUCCCCCUCCCCCACCCAUCUUUCUGGGUUUGCCACCCCCACCCCCUCCACCCCUGUUGGACAGUGUGCCUCCCCCUCCAGUCCCCAGUAAUUUAUUGGCUCCUCCUCCUCCAGUGUUCAGUGCUCCUCAGGGCUUAGGGUGGUCCCAGGUACCGAGGGGUCAGCCUGCAUUUACUAAGAAAAAGAAGACUAUCCGUCUGUUCUGGAAUGAAGUCCGGCCCUUUGAAUGGCCUUGUAAGAACAACCGCCAUUGCAGAGAAUUCCUGUGGUCGAAACUGGAACCAAUUAAGGUGGAUACUUCCAGACUGGAGCACCUGUUUGAAUCUAAAUCCAAGGAACUGUCUGUCACGAAGAAAACUGCUGCAGAUGGAAAAAGACAGGAGAUCAUCGUUCUAGAUUCCAAGAGGAGCAAUGCCAUCAAUAUUGGCCUGACAGUCUUGCCCCCUCCAAGAACAAUUAAGAUAGCUAUUUUGAAUUUUGAUGAAUAUGCCUUAAACAAAGAAGGAAUUGAGAAAAUUCUAACAAUGAUUCCCACUGAAGAGGAGAAACAGAAAAUCCAGGAAGCUCAGCUGGCUAACCCUGAGGUUCCCUUGGGCAGUGCAGAGCAAUUCCUGCUCAUGCUCUCCUCCAUCAGUGAGCUCUCAGCUCGGCUCCAGCUCUGGGCAUUUAAAAUGGAUUAUGAAACCACAGAAAAGGAAGUAGCAGAACCACUUUUGGACCUGAAAGAAGGAAUAGACCAGUUGGAGCACAAUCAAACUCUGGGCUAUAUCCUAUCUACGCUCCUAGCCAUUGGGAACUUUCUAAAUGGAACUAAUGCCAAAGCGUUUGAGUUAAGCUACCUCGAGAAGGUUCCAGAAGUCAAAGACACAGUGCACAAGCAGUCGCUUCUCCACCAUGUGUGCUCCAUGGUGGUGGAAAACUUUCCAGACAGCUCUGAUCUGUACACAGAGAUUGGAGCCAUCACCAGGUCAGCCAAGGUUGACUUUGAUCAACUUCAGGAUAAUUUAUGUCAGAUGGAGAAAAGAUGCAAAGCUUCAUGGGAUCACCUCAAGGCAAUUGCAAAACAUGAAAUGAAACCAGUUUUAAAACAACGGAUGUCAGAGUUCCUCAAAGACUGUGCAGAACGAAUUAUCAUUUUAAAGAUUGUCCAUAGGAGGAUAAUUAACAGAUUCCACUCUUUUUUGCUCUUCAUGGGCCAUCCUCCUUAUGCAAUUCGAGAAGUGAACAUAAACAAGUUCUGCCGGACCAUUAGUGAAUUUGCACUAGAGUAUCGCACCACCAGGGAAAGGGUUUUGCAGCAGAAACAAAAGCGGGCCAACCACAGAGAAAGAAAUAAGACCAGAGGGAAGAUGAUCACCGACUCUGGCAAAUUCUCUGGCAAUUCUCCAGUGCCCCCAAGCCAGCCGCAGGGUCUGAGCUAUGCUGAAGAUGCAGCUGAACAUGAGAACAUGAAGGCUGUGCUGAAAACCUCGUCCCCUGCUGUGGAGGAUGCCACCCCUGUGCUUGUCCGCACUCGCAGCCGAGCAAGCCGAGGAUCUACUAGUUCGUGGACUAUGGGAACUGAUGACUCACCUAAUGUCACCGAUGAUGCAGCUGAUGAGAUCAUGGACCGAAUUGUCAAGUCGGCCACCCAAGUGCCCAGUCAGCGAGUCGUGCCGAGGGAGAGGAAGCGAUCUCGGGCCAACCGCAAAUCUCUAAGAAGAACCCUCAAGAAUGGUCUGACUCCAGAAGAAGCCAGAGCCCUGGGCCUGGUCAGCACCUCUGAGAUGCAACUAUGACUCUUCAGUGUGCUAGACAGAGGACCAUCCACUUAGCAGUGGGGAGUACCCAUUUCUAGGUGUCACCACGUGGCUUGUGUUGCCUGCUCUACAUUGGCAUGGAUCUCCAGGAAUCUCUCCUUCCUAUCCACUUUUCAUCAUGUCAGCUGUGUUUCUUUUGUUUUCUUGAUACCUGGUUUAUUAAUUCUGAAGUGGGACACCUUUUCUGGGAAGGAACAGCCCUUUUCAGGAACAAAUCACUUCUGUCACAGUUGUUAUGAGAAUAUGAGGCAAUUUGUUUAGAUUCACAGACUGGAUCUCCAUAACACCAAAACAUCCAGAUGUACACUCCAACCUUGUACACAAAAGAAGGCACAGAUUGUUUACAAGUUCUGGAUUUUCGAUGUACUAAAUGUUUAUACAAAUUCAUAAAUGUACACCAUGUUUCAAAUACUAAAUAAAGAGUUUAAUGUCA